AAACGAAUGAGUCAACAGAUGUGUGCUUGCGCGAUUGCAACAGCUCUCUUUUCAAAAUGUGAUUUAACACCAAUGUAGCUUUUUCCACGUCGAAGUGCCCUCCCAGUCGUUUUUUUUUUACUUGCUCCUUUUCAAAACGUGAAACGGUUGAACGAUUUCUUUGAGUUACUCCUGUGUAUCUUAGGUGUGUUUGCAUUUCUUAGGUUCUGUGAUUAGUGGCCAAGGUGCUAGAGCCUCAACAUUUCUGGAAUAACUUGCGUUCUUUUUCUUUCAAUGAUCAAAAGGAAAUGCUCUGCGUUGGAAACACUGAAAAGAUGAAUACAUCUAGACUUUACCUUUUGUUUUCAAGUCCAUCUGUUGUGUGAUGCCGAUGUAUUGAACGAAACCUUUUGAUGUACAUGUAUAGGUCUCUAUUUCGACACGCAAUGAAAAUGUGACGUAUUACUACAUUACCUCAGUGCUAGAGCGUUUUAGCAAUAAGUUGCAAUUUUGAUAUCUUUUAGCUCGUUGGUUGUGUGAGUGGAGUUUAAUCAAUCAAUCAAUCAAUGUUCUUCAUAAUGUCUAGUCAAUCAGCAUGGGAACACAUCACGACAAUCCCUUCCAACCAUAUAGUCCUACUUUGAUUUCAGAGACAGAGACUUGCUUAGAGUCUCUUGACAUCCAUGAUGGAACAGUAGAAGCCGAGACCAAAGACAUAAGUGGUCGCCUUCUUUCGUUAUCGUACAUCGCUUCGUGUAUUGUUGGUCUUGUUCUGCUGUCUAUUGGGGUAUAUCUUACUGUUCUGGGAUAUGUUGAUUCUGAGAUGGAUUACGUUAUUAUAGGCUCUAGUGGUAUCUUUGCAGGACUGUGUUUUAACUUCGUAUUUGUGUAUCAAAUUUUCAAAAAAAUGAACAAUAAAUUCAGAAAGAAAGAAAUAUAUGAACCAAAUAAACAUACAAGUGUCAAAGCAGCGCCAUCUAUAUUGCAGCAAGAGACAGGGGAGACGACGCCCGAAGUUCUUCAAAGUAAAUACGCCUACAACCGAGGUAUUUUGAAAUCUAAUUACUGUAGCAAGUGUCAAAACAGCAAAACUGUCUACUUUAGAGCAGAUAUAGAGGAAGAAGGAAAAGAGACUAAAGUUAUUUUAUUGAACCAAGCUAGGCUUAAUGAUCACUGCAAUGGACGUGAUGAUGGAACUAAACUGGGCAGUGAAAGACGUAACAAACUCAAUAAACAAAAUCAAAAGUUGAAACUUAAUGGAUUAAUUGAUCACAAACAGGAAAAGUCAAUAGCAAAUAAAAACAAUUCAGUACAAAAGGUAGCAAAAGGCAGCCUGGCUACACAACAGGAUAACAACCAGAAGCAGAAUUUCAGUCAGGCUACACAGCAAGGUCACGUGACACAUCAAAUCCACAAGCGUAUAAAGUGUAAAACAAGGCCAAAAGAAAAUUAUCAAGCGUGUAAUGUUUCAAUCAGUGACCAAGAGAAACUUUUAAAUCAAACGUCGUCCCCCUUAAUUCAACCAUCGCCGGACGUUCAAGUGUCAAAAGACUCCAGUCUGACUAGAGUUAAACGUAAAGCGCAGCUUAAAGUUGUGAUUGAGACCCACUCAACUACUGAUAGAGUAAACGAUUUUAACUCUUUGACCACUACUGCUGUACAGCACGUUCAGACAGUCGAGGCGUGUGUUCAUACUUUACAUACUGCCAAUAAUUGUGAUUCUGGGAAGGCGUCUAUAGACUCUCUUUCCAUGCUGGAUGAGAAUGAUAACGUCUUCCUGAAAGGUUGUUCAGGAAAUAUCUCUCCCUGCAAAGAUGUCUCGGACGAUUUUCAGUUCAGCAUGUCUGAUUCGAUCUCUUUAGAUUUCAGACACCAGACUGAUAAGAAGAUGGCAUUUCUAGAUGUCAGUAAAUACAGUGAUACGUCUUCAAUAGAAGCAAGCGAACACAGACUGCCUUCUAUAGAUGUAGGCGAACACAGACUAGUUUUCAUUGACGUCAGCAAUCUAAGAUUAUUGUCAAAUGACCUUGGCCGACAUAUACUGUCUCCUGGUGACCUGGGCAAACUUUUAAAAUCUGCCAGUGACGUCACUAAACUCAAAUCUCCCGGUGACGUCGAUAAACAUGCAGGCCUGUUUCCUAACCAUAACGUCACCCAACAUAAAUUACCCUCCAACGAUCGAAUAUUGACUUCCAGUGCCACUAAGAACAAUUAUUCCUAUGGAUUUAGGACGAUAGAUGAUCAUAUAGAAGUACUUAGUGAUUGAACAAAUGUCUAGCGGCUUCUUCCCCAUUUUGUUGCAUAAAGUUGGUGUCGGACGUUUUUUUAAUAAACAAGUGUAAGAAUACUCAAUUUUAGGAAGCAUAAUAAAAAUCAUUUGUCCUUUUUGAAAUGUUAUAUUCUGAAUUUUAUAUUCUGUAUUCGCCACAUAUUGAAAAAAAAUAAACAUAGGCGAGAAAAAAAAUUAAACUGACCUCUAUAACCUCUCCAUUCCCAUCAAGCAUGAAAGUCUAGUCUUUGCAAAUGUACCUAUACUUUAUUAAAUUGUUUGACCCAAUCAGAUGUUGACCGAAUGUAAGAUGUUAUAUUACAUUAGAUAAAUUGCAUAAGAACAAGUAAAAGAAUGUAACACAAUAACACUAACAUCUUUUAAGUUCUUUAUUUCUUUCCUUUUGCGUGAAAAAAAAUGAUUUUAAGUAGAUGAUUUUCAAAUGCAUGUUUGUUUGUUUUUUAGAUAAAUGCUUUUUGUGUAGGCAUACAGUGAUUUUUGUUUUAGGUCCACUCCAUACGAUUAAAAUAUAUUUUUAAAAGUAUGGAUCUUGUGUAGCCUAUACAGUAUUAAAUGCUGCAUUAAUAGGACUAUGCCAUCUGCAAUCCUGGACCCUUUCUUUAGGCUCGCUUUCCAUGUUGAUCUCUCCGGUGUCUCUUUUUCCUGUCAGUGUCGAUUUUGAAGAGCUUCAUAUCGUGUAUACACAAAAGAAGUAGAAAGAAGCAACAGCAGCUGUGUAUCAAGAAUUGGCUUCUUUAGUCACACAAGAUGUUGCAAAGGGAAAACAUUAUCUCUCGAGAGGUCAAAUGUCACAGAUAAGAAAUAGACUACUUUCAUAGAUGGAUGUAACGGUGUAUUUUUUGGAGACAUGCUUUGUAUUGUAUUGUCUCCAAAAUAUUCUGAUAUACGCGGAUUCGAAAGUAGGCUACUUAUAAAUCUGUCCAACACACCACUAGGACACUAUGAAGUGACUCAGCGCUAAAUAAUUUGCUCUAAGUUAAUAUAUUGAAACUUAAUUCAAUCAAAUUGUUUCCAAAAUAUGAAAUACUGCUCUGCAUAUUUACAACUGGAAUAGAAGAGUAUAGUUGACAUAAAACACUGUAAAGAUACAAGGGAACAAAUCGUAAUCCAGUGAAGAAUAAAUGCACUGGAAAUUAGAAUUAAUGACUGUGAACAAUGACCAAAGACUAACCAUCAACUGACCCUAGUAUUAGCUAUUUGCUCCUUAAAUAUGACCGGAUCAAGAUUUCUCUAGACCCUUUACGUCAGCUAUCCUAGAUUCUACCACCUUUGACCAACAUCAUAUUUAGGCAAAUCAAGGCUAUCUGGAAAGGUCUUAUUUUCUCACGCACUCGAGAUGAUAAUAAUACUGGUCCGCCGUUCCGGCCCCGCUCUUUCUGUUCUGGUUUACACACUGAAGUGUGACAAUACCUCCCCCCCCCCCGGGCUCUCUUUAAGCCAAUUGCAUUAUGGGUAAUAUAAGUAAUUGCAAGCUAAUUAACCUAAACAUUACACCUCAAAUAAUCUAAAUAUGUAUAAUACUAUAAUGUGAUUGAUUUAUGUAGUAAUGAUGUUGUCACGGAUGAAUGUCUGUAUGUAUGUAUAAUAAUCAAUUUUUACCACUGCGCGAAUGACCGGAAGUGUGUUAGUUAUCAGAAAGGAGAGAGACCAGCGUGUGAUAUGUGCUAUGAAGUUUAUUAAAGUUUUUGUGUUUUGAUCGAGUUGUUAAUUGUUUUUUGUAACAUAUAUUUGGAGGCUCGUUUGUCUAGUCAGUUGACUUAGUCUUGGAAGACAUUAUGCAGAACUGCGGUUCGGCAUUACAAAAAGAUCAAGGACUAAGAAGGCCAUGAAGUGUGUGCGCUCAUGUGGCACGGUGGGAAAAAAUGAGUCAAUCAGCCGAGACGAAACUAGGUCAAACAUAGUGAUAAAGCACUUUGCAUUGUUUAUAUUGGAUGCUACACACGUAAACAAGGAUGGCAGACAUAUUUUCACAGAUAAUUGCCACUGUAAAAGAAAUGGGAUUGACUGGAACCGCUUUACAAGAGUGGGUAAAAGAAAGAGAAGACAGAGAUCGAGAUGAGAUAAAAGAGCUAAAAAGAGAAAAGAAACAGCUAAAGAAAGAGGUUGAAGAAAGAGCUAAAGAUGCGGUAGAAAGAGCUAAAAGGGCAGAAGCAAGAAUUAAAGAGCGAGAGGCUGUAGAAAUACACAAAUUGAGAGUCAGAGAGACGGAUCUUAGAGAGAAAGAAGAAAUCAAAGAGCAUAUAAAACCUGAUUAAGUUUGUCAAUGUUCGGUAAAAUAUAUGAAACAUAAAUACAAAGUGGAAUAGUCCUAAGAUGCUUCUGGUUUGUUUUUUGGCUUUAUGCACUUCAUUUCAGUGUCCAAUAAUCUUUUAAUAGUGUUAUCUUGAGGCUUUAAAGAGUUGUAGCUCACUUUGUAGCCUAAAAAAAUGUCACUCCUUGCAUGGCUAGUUCCAUUUUGCUAAGUUUGAUAGCCAUGUUUUGUCAGUUCGUGGACAAUUUCUCUAAGUCCUUAUAAAUAUUCUUUCCAAGAUGUGUGGAAGAUGCAGAUGUCGUCGAUUUAUGAUACAGUGUUUUUUCUUCAACUAAAUAGUUGAUGAAUAGCUAUGUUGAGAGUAUUACUUGCAUUGAAUAAUCUAAAUGGUAUGUAAAUGCAUUGAUUAAGUCCAAUUACAGUAGUAAAAGCUGUGUAUGGUUUACAUUCUUCUUCCGUAGAACUUUGGUAAUAUUCUCUUGAGAGAUCUAAUUUUGUGAAAUAUUUUGCCUCAUCAAAUUUUGUCAUGAGAUCAUCUGGAUUCGUCAUAGGAUAAGAAUCUAGCCGAGUUGUAUUAAUGUUGAGUUAUCUCAAGUCUACGCACAUUCAAUGUGUUGAAGAAUUGUGAUGUUUUUGUUCCUGUUGUAAUCUGUUUUGGUUCCAUUAAUAAUGCUUUUAUUGUGGUAACAGGACCUCUCUGAUUUGCACCGCACCGUAGAGCAUUUUGACGGAAGAAAAGUCUGUAUUUUUAGUUGACUUUUUUUGUAUGCGAAAAGAGCUGCUGGUAGUAACAGAUCCCAAUUUUGUGGAUUGUCAUUGCCAAUUUUCGAUAUGACAUGUUUCAACAUU